CACUGAAAACCAAACAACACGACACCGCAAAUAAACCCUCAAAAUUCCCAACUUCUUCUUACUUUGUUCUUUUGUCGUAAUCGAUUUAGCGAUGGUGAAAUCCGCGGCGGAGCGGCAGGGAUCGACGGUGGCGCCGUUCGUGAAGAAGUUGUAUGAGAUGGUUGACGACGACGCCACCAAUUCGAUUAUCGCGUGGAGACCUACGGAGGAUAGCUUUACGAUUGUGGACAUCACCCAAUUCUGUGUCCACAUGCUUCCCAAGUACUUUAAGCACAGCAAUUUCUCUAGCUUCAUGCGCCAGCUUAAUAUCUAUGGCUUUCGGAAAAUAGAUACAGAUUGCUGGGUAUUUGCAACUGAUGGAUUCAUUAAGGGACAAAAACAUCUCUUAAAGAACAUCUACAGAAGGAAAAACAUCCAGGGCACAGAUCAGCAUAACGCAGCGCAGCCCCAAGACAAGUCUGAGGGACAAGUUGAACUACAUGAUUAUACAGAGCUGUGGAAGGAAGUUGAGAGUCUUAAAAUUGAUAAAAAUUCUGUAAUGCAGGAAUUGGUUAAACUUAAGCAGCACCAAGAAACUUCAGAGGACAAGUUGCUCGUAUUGAGAGACCGCCUUCAAGGUGUGGAAAAGAAUCAACAGCAGAUGCUGUCAUUCUUAGUAAUGGCAGUGCAAAGCCCUGGGUUUUUGGUUCAGUUUCUUCAACCGAAAGAGAAAAAUUGGCGCAUGGCCGACACGAGCAAUAUGCUAGAACAAAUACCAGAUGAUAAACAAGUACCUUCAAAUGGUAUGAUAGUCAGGUAUCAUCAACGACCACUAGAUGAACUGCCAGCAAAUCUACUUCCAGCAGUGUCGGGUAUGGGGAAACAGCAAGAAUCUGAUCCAUUUCCUGAUGGAAUGAAGGACUUUUUCCUUAAUUCUGACUUCAUGAAAGUGCUAUUGGAUGAAAAGUUGUGUUUAGACAAUCAUACUCAAUUUGUUCUUCCAGAUGUACAAGAUGUUGCAUGGGAGCAGCUUCUUCUAGCUAGUCCUUUUUCUGGGAAUUCAGAUAAUGCUACAAAAAUUGACCACGAAAAACGAUCUGUGGACAAUGAGGACGAUGAACUGGAUAUGGAAACAAUCGAUACUCGAACUCAUGAAGAGAAGUCUCAGGAUUUUGAGAUUCUAAUCAGGCAAAUGGAGAAAUGUGAAACUUUUGAGAUGUCACAAAGGUUGGAUGAAUCUUAAGCUGCUGCCAUUUCAAUAUCUUAAGUAGAGUAAUGAGUUUCAGACAGGUUUAUAGAAUUUCAACCAUCUUUUUCUUGGUGAUGCCGCAAGGUAAUACUUUUGUUUCAACUUUCAAGCAUUAUACCAAACCAAACACUUCAAGGAUUGAAAAAGAUGUUUUAAUGUUCUAAGAUCCGCA